AUGGGGAUCUCCAACUUGCUACCUCAACUGAAAUCCAUCACAAAGUCGACGACGCUGCAUGCGUACAAGGGCAAGACGGUGGCCGUGGAUGGCUACGUCUGGUUGCAUCGAGGAGCGUAUAGCUGUAGCCAAGAAUUGUGCCUUGGCCUAGACACCGACAGAUACGUCGGCUACUUUAUGGAGCGCGUGGGCUUGCUCAUCAAGUGCGGCAUCAUUCCGUACAUUGUGUUUGACGGCGGCUACCUGCCCAUGAAGAAGCUCAAAGAAGACGAACGGCGCUUAUCGCGCGAGAAGCAUCGCGAGGCUGGGCUCGCGUACCUCAAGGCCAACAAGCUCGACCUAGCACGACAGUCGUUUGUGAAGGCCGUCGAUGUGUCACCUUCCAUGGCCCACCGCGUGAUCCAACGCCUCCAAGAAACGGGCGUGAAGUACAUCGUCGCACCGUACGAAGCCGACGCCCAGAUGGCGUACUUGGUGCGCACGGGGGCCGUGGAUGCCGUCAUCUCGGAAGACUCGGACUGUUUGCCGUAUGGGUGCCACCACGUGCUGUUCAAGAUGGACACUCCUGGCAACGUCGAAGUGAUCCAAGCUGCCCACUUGGCCCUCAACACAACGCUGUCGUUUGUCGGGUUUACCGACGACAUGUUUCUCGACAUGUGCAUCCUGUCAGGCUGCGAUUAUGUGGCGUCGAUCCCUGGCCUCGGCGUUAAAAAGUCACACGGACUCAUGCUUCGCUACGGCAGCUACCAAAAGGUCGUUCGAGCGCUUCGACUGGAGGGGAAACUCCCCAUCACCAAAACGUACGAGGCCGACGUCGCCAGGGCGCGUCUGACCUUUCGCCAUCAGCGCGUGUAUGAUCCAGUGUCCCAAACGUUGACGCAUGUGACGCCGCUCCCAGCCUCGCUGGACGGUCAAGAUACCGACUUUCUCGGGCCAAUCAUCUCGACGGUAUUGGCGCGCGGUAUCGCAGAAGGCCAUAUCGACCCCAUCACCGGCAAACCCUUCUUGCUGCAUCCUGCUGUGACGUUGGCCACACCCUCGAAAGCUUUGGAAUAUCCGGUGGACGAUGCCGACGCCGCGCCCCUCUUGCACACUCCUCCUACAUCGCAUGUCCAAGACCGACCGGACAAGGAAAAUGCAUUCACUAGGCUCCUCCAAGCGGGGUCGCUCAUGCCUCGGUCCACCAUCAGCAAGCGCAAGCUACCCGCCGCCGCCGCGUCGACCAAACGGCGCCAGGCCCUCCACCCCGUGAACCAACCACAUGCGAAUGUUACCAACACUUUGUUUCAGCCGCGCAGUCGAUACUUUUUUGGAACGCCGCCAUCUCCAGCGCCAGAACCAGUAGCAGCACCCUCCAUCAAGCCAUGCAUGUCGUCGCGGCCGUUGAAAUCUGCUGGUUUAGAAGAAGCGCAUCCCCCAAGUCUGUCCACAGUCCCCUCACAGCUCGACCAUGGCAUAACGUCGUCACAGGAAUCGCGUCAAGAUGGGAUGACGGCAGCGCGUUCAAGGGCUUCUCCCCCGACAACAGCAACACCCACAACCAUCGCAGCGUUCAGUCGGUUUCGAUUUCACCAGCAAACAUAAGUCGAGACUGGUGGAUUUCAUCCUUUUGCAGACAUACAUGCACGGCACUUGAUGGUUUACGCAUCAUCGUCGUCUUCGAUGGGCAACUUGCACAUGGGGCACGCGUUGUUGUGCUGGAUCCAUCCAUGCACGCAGUCUAUACAAACGUCAUUGAAGUGCACAUGAUAAAGUAGAGCGUACGUACCAUAGUGAAACGUGUGGACACAAGGCAACGUGAGCACGUGGUCGUUGGUGGCAAACUCGUCUUGGCAUACAAUGCACCUAACCAGGAGUGAUAAACACAACCAACCACAAUGUC